AUAUAUUAAUGUUAGUGUUAGUACAAAUCAUUCACUCUCGUAACACCUGGUUUAGGAAUAAAGCCUUGUGAUAACCAAACUGAAUCUUAAGCAGCAUGCUAAAUGAAGAUGCUGAAUAUUCUCCCCCAGCAUCCAUGGCAGAGGCUUUUGCCAUGAGAAAGAAGAGUAUGAACAGAAGAAGGUUUAGCGAAGAACAAAUCAAAUCACUUGAGUCUAUUUUCGAAUCUGAGUCUAGGCUUGAGCCCAGAAAGAAGUUGCAGCUGGCGGGAGAGCUGGGUUUGCAUCCACGCCAGGUUGCAAUAUGGUUUCAGAACAAGAGAGCUAGAUGGAAGUCAAAGCAACUUGAACGAGACUACAGUGUUUUACGAGCUAAUUACAAUACUCUAGCUUCCCGGUUUGAAGCUCUUAAGAAGGAAAAACAAGCCUUGACUAUGCAGUUGCAGAAGCUAAAUAAUCUGGUACAGCGGUCCAUGGAGGAAACUGAGAGCUGCAGGGGAGUUCUCUCCAUAGAAACCAUUGAUGGCAAGUCUGAAAUUGACCACAGAACUAAGUACGAGUCUGAAGUAAAACCUUGUUUGUCAGCUGAAGAGAAAUCAGAACAUGAAUUAGAGGUUCUUUCCAACUACGGUAGUGGCGUAAAGGAAGCCUAUAUUGGAUUAGAGGAUCCCCAGCUCAGGGAAUCUUCUCAAGGUUCCCUGAUAUCAACACCAAAUUGGAGUAAUCUAGACUCUGAAGGUCUUUUCAGUCAGUCUAAUACCAAUGGCCAGUGGUGGGACUUCUGGUCGUGAAAAGUCGAACCACCUAAAGAAACUAUAGAGGAUUUGUAAACAAAUAAAAUUCCAACCUUUUAAAUAGAUCAUCCUAGCAAUGAUUUUGGCUCACAGGACGAGGAAGAGUUAAGAGCACAACGACUUCUAUCAAGGACAGCAAUGACUGAAAUGUGGUGGUUUCAAGCACUGAUGCUCCAAAUUCACCACAAUUUCAGAUGGAAUUCAGAAGAAUUAGGUGAGCAACUCUAGGAAAUACCGCCUGCAAAGGGUGUUGGCUUGGAAAACUGAAACAGUAUGCUCGUAUGCAGACAGGGUGCAGUUUGGAAUGUUUUCAGUGUGUGAGAGUUCUUCUUCUUCUGUUUUUUCCCCUUUUUCUGUUUGGUUGGUUGGGGGUAGGGAUGGGGGGCGACUAUGAAACUCUAUAUUUAAAUGCUCAGUUAUGAACUAGAAGUAGUGCUCAUUUUUAUACAAAAUCAAUCUCGGGUUUCUCGUGCUU